AUAGGACGCAGUUUUGUUGGCAGGUGGCGCCGGUGCCGAAAGCGCCGGCGCUCCUGAGCCGCCUCCCGCCAUGGGCAGCGCCGAGAGCCGCGAGGGCCGCAGGGCGUCUUUCGGGAUGGACGAGGAGGAGCGGGUCCGGGUGCUGCAGGGCAUCCGGCUGUCUGAAAACGUGGUCAACCGCAUGAAGGAGCCCGGCCAGCCGUCCAGAGUCGGGCCGCCGGCCCCUCCAGCUGCUGCCCUUGGCUCCUCCGGAGGCCGGGAGAAAGACUCGAAACCACCCAGGCCGGACUGCAGCAGUGGCCGGGGGCCUCCGCGGGUGCAGGUGGACCCCCUUGAGAGGUGUGACUGGGAGCAGCCUGUGCUCCAGGACGAGCUGGUCCGUGUGGCCACAGCAGACAGACAGGCAGCUGUGAAGCCCCGGGGCGUGACGCUGCGGUGCGGGGAGGGCGGCGUGGACCAGGAGCAGCAGCGGUUGGCCCAGCGGGCCAGGGAGCUGGAGAGCCAGGAGGCGGAGCUGAGACGCCGAGACGCCUUCUACAAGGAGCAGCUGGGGCGCCUGGAGAGGCAGAACCUCGAGGCGUACAGGCUGUCGUCUCAGCAGUUCCACGAGGCAGCCACGAAGAUUGAGGGCACCAUCAAGCCACGCAGGGUGGAGCCCGUGUGCUCCGGGCUGCAGGCCCAGAUCCUGCACUGCUACCGCGCCCGCCUGCAGGAGGUGCUGCUCUGCGCCGACCUGGUGAGGGCUUACCAGCAUUGCGUCAGCUCUGCACACAAGGGCUGAUGGAGCCUCGCCCCGGGCCCGCCGUGACGUGGAGCCUGAAGCCUGGACCUGCUGUGAGGCCACUGUCCAGACCCUGGCUGCCCCUGCGCUGGAGAAGGCAUGUGUGUGCCCUGCUCACAGACAAAUAAAGCAGACGUCCUGUGCCUGGUGGUC